CUUUUUUUUUUUUUUUUCUUCUUUUUCUUCUUCUUUUACGCCCGAGAAACGACGAGUGAGCAAAGCUCACGCUCCAAUGGCCGGGCGCCUCUUCUCUCGCUCCAAAACCCUAACCCUAACCCUAAACCUCGCUCGCCCCGAUCCUUCUCCGGCCUCCUCUCGCUCCUUCCGCGCCCUCUUCUCUCUCCCGAUCGAUCCCGCCGCCGCCGCCGCCGCUGGAUCCUCCCCGUCGCGCUCAUUCCUAUCGUCCACUCCCCCGCCGCUUGAUUAUUCUCGCCGCUCCCCCCUUAGCCUCGGCAAGAUUCUAGGGUAUGAACAAAAUUCCCAGCUUAGUGCGGCGCAAGGUUUACCACGUUUCUUCUGUACGAGAGCACAGAGUGGAGCUGCGGUACAUCAGGCAGACAAUACUCAGAUUUUGAAGAAUGUCCGUGAAGCAGCUGCUAGAAUUGGAGAGCCAAAUUUCUCGACUCCAAAGAAUGGCGACUCAUCAAAGGUCAUUGCUUUUAGUCCAUUGGAAGGAAGCAUGAGCAAAAUCAGGCAAAGUGGAUUGGCACAAGAAAGCCUCAAGAUAAAGAGAAUGGAACUUUCUCAAAGGAUCACAUAUGCUCUUAUACCGGCAUUGAUUCUUGUCUCAAAGACAAACAUGCUUACUUCUUUACUGGUUCUCUCAGUAUAUUGGCAGAUAUAUGGGUUCUUCAAGGAGAUUAUUCUCGAUUACGUCCACCACGAAGUUACCCAGAAAUGGGUUCUUAUAUACUUUAAGUUGCUUCUUUUGAUCUUGGCAAAGGACACUAUUAUCUAUUUUGAUUUAGUGUAAGAUCACGAUUUAGUGUAAGAUCACUGCAGUGUUUGUCUCUGAUACUAAAAGAUAAUGAAUAGGGAUGGUAGUGAACCCACGUAGUAUGGGAUUCUUCUUAUGUUUUAUUGUUUAUUUAGUUAUUUAUAUGUUUUUGGAUGGGUACGCAGGGGAAGGUGGAUAAACAUCCACAUGUUCAAUUUCAAAUAAUGAGAGCGAUAACCUGUUCUUCUUGACAAAUGAUGGUUCUCUACUUUUUAAUAAGAUAAAACAAAGGUGAUCUUUCUAAAUUC